UGUGGGUAUAACCGAUGUAACAAAUCAAGAAGUAAACAAAAUGGCAACCGGAGGUCAGCCACAGACGCUAGAUAACCGUAUAUUUUUGUUUCGGUUACAAAUACUAGUCAUUGAUGGUGGCCUCCUGAUAUUGAGAAAUAUACUGGACCAGUCCUUGACAUCUCUGUGCAUAACGUUCAGUGCGUGCUUGAAUAAAGAAAAGUCAACAAUAACACUUUUGAAAAGCCGCGGUGUUAUAACCCAGGUCCAAUAUGACGUGUUGUUUCCAGCGGGUGGUAAAGUCCCAACUUCGUCAGAUUUGGACAUCACGCUGAUUAUUUGUCUUCUUAGAAACCUGAAAUGUUUUGGAUUAAAUAAAAAAUUUGACUGGAAGGCAACACCAGCACAAACCGAUGUAACAAUUGAAGCAGACAUAUGUCGGUUAAAGAAUUUCCGAAAUAAAAUAAGUCACAUAUCAAUAACGACUGCAAUACAACAAACUGAUUUUACAGCUUGGUGGAAUGAGAUUGAACAGAUACUUGUUCGUCGAAGUUCUCAAGCUUUGAAUAUUCAGCAAACAAUCGGCGAAUUCAAAACUUGCCCUCUUGAUCCGGAAGAAGAGAGAAGGAUACAGAAAGAAAUAAAAAAAUGGAAGGACUAUGAAGACGAUGUUGACCGACUAAAACAGGAAAUGACAGCCGUAAAAGAAAAUGUUACUGACGUGAAGAAAGGCCUUGAAGACGUAAAGGGAAAUGUAACUGAAAUGAACAAAGACCUUGAUGACAUAAAGGAAAAUGUUACUGACGUGAAGAAAGACAUAGACGACGUUAAAGUAAAUGAUGCUGCAGUGAAGAGAGACCUUGAUGGCAUAAUGGAAAAUGUAACUGAUGUGAAAAAAGAUCUUGAUGGCAUAAAGGAAAAGGUCACUGAUGUGAAGAAAGACCUUGAAGACGUAAAGGAAAAUGAUACUACAAUGAAGAGAGACCUUGAAGACAUUAAGGAAAAUAUAACUGGUGUGAAAAAAGACAUUGAUGAUAUCAAAAGAUGGCAAGGGGCAGAGAAAAGUAACGAAACCGAUUCAUCAGUACAAACAGAGGAGAGAAAAUAUCAAAAUCGCAAGAAGGGUAAGUUUGCACAACCAUCAUAUUUAGUAAAACAAUGCUCUUUGUCUGUCGUCAGUACAUAUCACCUUCCUCGGAGCGUUGGAGUUAUUAACAACCUUCUUGCAACAAUAUCGUCGAGAUAUAGAGGCAUCGAAUACGGUGGCAAGGGCGGCGAGUGCCGUCUAAAUAAUUUGCCAGAUAACUGUCACCGGUUCCCAAAGUGA